UAAAUACACAGAAACAGUUCAAAUGGGAAAGGCUGAAAGGUAACGGGUUAUCAGCAUCCAAGAAACGCUGCGUUUCGACUCUUGUGCCUUUCAUUUCUGCGUCUUUCACUGAGCCUCUAGUCCUUGUCGACAAAAUUGAUGUUCCAAUCCAACGGCAAACUCUUAGUUCAUGGAACCAAGCUCCGAAGAUGAAUUCAUUACUCUCUUAUGCUCAAAUUCCAAUGCAAUCGAACACAAAGAAAUCUCCAUCUCGACUAGGGAUAUAUAUAGCUGGGAUGUGUCCAAUAUCCUCUGCUGCCAAACAGUCAAAAUUCAAGCUCAUAAAAACAGGCAAAAAAUCACUUCAUUUUCCAAUCUUCGUGAGCAAUCUUCGUAUUUUCAUCAGGCCCUUUGCAACUCGUGCAGUGAAUCAAAUCUGAACUGUGUUUCAAUCCAGUGGAACAUGGAAGUUUUCGUUAACGUUUUGAAGUUUGUUUAUGGCUGCCAAGUGGAUGUCACUUCUAAAAGUUUCCUCUCUCUUUUUGAGGCUGCACUUUAUUUUGGGGCUGAAUUACUUCUAUUGAAGUGUAAAACUUGGUUUUCUGAGGUGACUUCAUCUAAAAGGUCUGGGUUGCUUAAAGUCCAAUUGGAAGAUUUGAUUCACAUUUGGAAUUUCGGUCUAGAGCAUGCAAAUGAUUUUGUUCCAGAAUUGUGUGCGAGCUAUCUAGCAAGGAAUUUUAUGUGGGCCAUGUAUAGUAAAUUUUUUGGAGAUGUUCCUUAUAAUUUGUUAUUUCAUUGCAUCAAGCAUCCGCAUUUGACAGUAUAUAGUGAGAGGCAUCUUUCUGAUGCACUUUUAGUUUGGCUCAAUGCUAACAGAGAACAGCUGGAAGCCUUGAAGAAGGCUGAAGAUGACAACACUGGCAUUCUAAAACAGAUUCGGAUUAGUGUUCUGCCGUUGUGGUUUGCUGCAGGACAACGAAGGUCUUGCUACUUUUCAGAGCUUGCUGAGGAAAGCAUUGAGGCAAUAUUUAGACUGAUGAAGAAUCCACCUGCAGAUUCAAUUGGCAUCUUUAGAGAUGGUAACUUGGACAGUAUCAGAAUUCGAUUGAAUGAAUAUUCCAAGAAAGUGGACCUUUCAGGUUGUCCACAAGUAACAUCGGUGAUUGUUCUCCUCUCUUUGCUUCCUUCUUCAUAUUGUCUGGACCUCACCCUGAGGAAAAGCAUUAGACAGUCUUUGAUCAACCUUGACCAUCUGAGCAGAGAUCAAAGUGGAAGUAGAUUCUGGCAUAAGUUGCCACCAACUCUUUCUUUUGAAGCAGUUGAGAAGGUGGAUAUUUCAAAGUGUCCAAGGCUACAUCUUGAAUCCACCAUUGAGUUCUUCUCCAAGUCAUUUCCAUCUUUAAGAAAACUGAGAGCAGCGUAUCUUUUGAACUUUAAGACAAUCACUUUGCAUAAAUUGAUGCAAAAUUGCCCGCUCAUAAGUGAGGUUGACUUAACUGUUGACAUUACUCCACUUAUCCCAACUCAGUUAUCAGUAAUAUCUUCUAGUCCUGCUACAGUGCCACGGGUAUCAAACAAGUCCUUGAAUGUCGGCAAUAGUAUCCCAAGCAGAAUAUCUUAUCAUUCAGGGCCAUCCCUUUCAAAAAUCUCUAGACUUGUAUUGGAGGGUCGAAGUGAUAUUUCUGAUUUGGAUCUCCAGUAUAUCACUGAGCUGUGCGUUUCCUUACAGUACCUAAAUCUUAAAGGUUGUAUUUCAGUAACAGAUACUGGAAUAUCAAAUCUCAUAAGCCGAUGUGCUAAACUACAUUCCAUUUUAGUUUGUGAUACUUCUUUUGGGAUAAAUUCCAUUCAAGCUCUUUGCUCCACAAUUCCUAAUUUUGGUUCUUCUGUUGUCCGCCUUGAGAAAAGAUGUUCAGAUACACUGGCGUCUAAACUUCAAAAACUUCAUAUGGGUGGAUGCAUAGGUGUUGAUACAAGAUCUCUACUUGAGCUUAUCUCAGAAAUGCGAACACUAACAAGUCUUUGCUUGAGGGAUACCUGCCUUAUCGAUGAUGUUCUUUAUAGUUUCUCAGGUUCUUCAUUGGAGAUACUUGAUGUGUCUAAUACUAUGAUUUCUGGAGAUGCUUUAGCUCACAUUAUCAAAGGAAAUCCUUUUUUGAAGUGUUUGAAUACAAGGGGCUGUAAAAAUUUGAUUCAGCAAGGAAGUAAUGCCAGCAGGGCAGAACUUUCUUCGUCAAAUCCAUGUAGAGAAUUAUAUGCUGAACUAGGCGAGAAAUGCAUUUUGGAAGAGAUCUCACUUGGUUGGGGAUUUUGUUCGCUGUCUGUAGAAGCUCUGAGACCUGCAAUUACAACAUUAAGGGCAAUAAGUGUUGGUUUGGGUGGAUCAUUGGGUGAAGAUGCCUGUAGCCUACUUCCUACUAAAUGUCCCAUGCUGGAGUCAAUAACUCUUUAUUUUCAGGUCAUCUCUGAUGCUAUCGUGAUAAACUUUAUGACCUCCUUGAAGCACUUGGAAUUGCUGUCUCUGUGCUACUGUCUUGGUGAUAUAUCUAUAUCAAGCUUCAAAAACUCUAUACCAAACCUAAGAAAAUUAAAGCUUGAGAGGGUAACUCCUUGGAUGACCAAUAAUGAUUUGGUUGUUCUUACUCAGAACUUUGUAAAUUUGGUGGAAUUUUCAUUAGUUGGAUGCAGGCAUCUCACUUCAGAUUCUUUGCACAUCAUUUCACAUGGAUGGCCAGGCUUGAUUUCUAUUCAUCUCGAGGACUGUGGAGAAGUAACAACAACUGGGGUUUCUUCUCUAUUCAACUGCAGAGCUCUUGAAGAUAUCUUGCUACGUCAUAAUGGCCGGGGGAUACAGAGCAGCUUCAUUCUUGAUGCUGCUUCAAAGAUGCCAUUGCUUCGGAAAAUAUCAUUAGAUCUAUGCGAUGCAUGUGAAGGCGACUUUGACAUUCCAGAUUACGACAACAAAUACUUCCUAAGUAUUGUGAAGAUAGCGAGAUGCAAGUUCCAAAGAUCCUCUUCAAAUGUUUACUUCCAAGAGAGCAACAGAAGUCCAGUGCACAAGGACACAUUAGUGCUGGUUUGGAACACUCAGAACCUCAAUAGUACAGUGGUCAAGGAAAGACUUUAGCACUCAAACGGUGAGAAAUAGAUGCAAUAUCAUAGACUUUUGGAAUUCCCAUUACUUCAGAAUAAAAUUACUCUAGAAAACUGCAUCAUUUUGAUAUCAUGUAAUUUUUAUGGAACAUCCAAUGUACAAUUCUGUGCCUAAGAUCACUGCUGGCAUUACAUUUCCUGAUUCUUGCAUAUGCAGUAGUGGGUUCUCUUUCAAGAAUUAUACACAUCUGUAGUAACAUCAACCUAUUCUUGUCGAGAUUAUCCUCAGUUCUGCCUACAGGAAAAUACUUCGGAAUCA